AUGACGGGGCAUGGCAUUCAUCUCAACACUCUCAAGGAGUGCCUGCAGUUCCUGCAUUGGCUGAAUAAGGGGGGUGGGAGCCAGAAGCUUCAGGAGGCGUCCCUAAAUUUAGAAAACCGUAUUAAGCAAUACUAUACCCCCAACUUUCUUAAAAAGGGUGACGUUGAAUACGCACUUUCCGAAUUCGUUAGGAAAGCGUCUGGGAUUUAUGAGAGAUUAAGCAAGGAUCCACAACCGGGUAAAUAUGGUGGUGUGGAUGCACAAAAAAUCACUGACGCUCUGCUUGAGUGCCACCCUAAAUUCUUCGCCGCUAUGUACUAUCUGCAGUACUGUGUGAAUAAUAGUUUCAAAAAGCUGGGCGGUGGGGGGUGGGAAAAGGAUUACACAGGGUGGGAAGAGGAUUGGCCUUGGUGGGGUAAGACUGGUUGGGGCGGUGACCUGCAGAAAUAUCUCAGAGCAACAGUCAGCGACCCAAAGUACAGCCAAAUCCCCGGUUUGUUACCCGGGGGGUUCGGUAGAGACGAGGGUUCUAAUAUGUAUGUCGACCUCGAAAAGAUUUUGGAAAAAAGACCGUACAAUUUCUUCCGCAGCGUGUUUGUGAGUUCCGUCAUUGGAAAUGCAGCCAGUCGUAAAGAGAACUCGGCGAACGCUCUCUCACUGGUGAGGACUUUCUGCGAUAUUGUGAAAGAAGCAGACCCAGAUACCGGCGGAAGCUUGAUAACAGCAUUAAAUGCAGAUUUAAAAGGUCAAGUGUAUUCAUCCGAUAAAACCAUAUGCUGGCAAGAAUUGAGAGACCAUUGCGCUAAACUUAGAAAGAAAUUUGAUACAUUUUUCAACGACCCGAAACGUUUUGACUUCACUGGGCAGUCGAUUGGACUUGAUAAGCUUCAGACAAAGGAGCUUGCUACAAGAGCAGCGAAUUGGAUGAGAGGGAAUCUGACUAAAGUGCGGGGUAAAUUGAAGGAUAUUGAGGAAUACAAGGGUCAACAUCCUGGUGCAUACUUCACUAAAAACCUUUUCCCCUACGGAUUCACAUUUAACGGACAAUAUCGCUCUAUAAGGUCGGACAAAGAACUGCAGGCUUUGGUGGGGGAUUUGUACAGUGCAGCCAGAGAGCUUCAGACAGAUGGCGACGGUUUGGAUAGACUCAGCACAAUUUUGCAUGGUGUGCGUCAAAUAGCAUGUACAAAGCCUGAGCCCCCGCCACCAAAAGCUGAAGGGAAUCAGAACCAGGGUAAGAAAGCUGAGGGAGCGCAGAACCAAGGCAAGAAAGCGGAGGGACCUCCACAUCAAAAUAAUGGUCAAAGUGGAGAUACGUCUUCAGGUCCAAAAGUUGUACAGCCUCCUGCCUCAGAUACGUCUCCCGGUGAUACAGGAGGUCAAGGCCCGCAAGGGCCUCCCGGUUCAAGGUCUUCGACAUCUUCUCAUGUUCCAGAUUCGUCAGUCAAUUCUGUUGCAACAUCUACUCCAACUGGGUCUCUAGGCCCGGUAGGGUCUAAAGGUGAUCCAGGCGCUCCAGGGUCUUCUCAGUCUACAAUCACGCCAGUUAUUACGUCGGUUUCAACUCCAUCUCAAGGUCCUGUAGUAUCGCAACAGCCUCCCCCUCCACCAUCUCCCCCCAGUGCUCCUGCUGCAGCCCCCGGCCCCGCUGGUCAGCCUAGUGUUCAGGGUGCGGGUCCAACGCCCAGUAAUGCUUCAGCUCCACAGCCUAUUCUCCCUCCAGUCACUGUGGUUACUCAGUCUCCAAGUGUUUCAAGUUCAAGCGCUGGGCCAACUGGUGAUCAGGGGGCUGGUAAAAAUGCUGGUCAAGGUGUUACUCAAACUACAAGCAGCAUCACUACUACGUCGGGUACCCCUCAGCCUGGUGGAGGUGGGAGUGGUGGUGGAGCUCCAGGAGGGGGUGGUGGCCCGCCUGCCGUUCAACAAGAUGAAUGUCCUGGUGGUAAGAUGAUGAGUCUAUGGCCUAAUAGUGAGACCAAAUUCUGUGUUCGUGAUUAUGAUUAUAAGAGCCAGAAACCAAUUGAUAAGCGGUGGGAGAAGUAUGAUGCUCGGCAACGAAAGAAACAUGGUGAUAUGGAUGCGUUAAUAAAAAGAGGUCAAACUUUAUUGGAUCAAAAGAAAGAAAAGGAACGUAAGCGACAGCAGCAGAAAAACCAACUUAAACAGCAAAGGGAGGCAGAAGAACGUAGGAGACAGGAUGCAGAAAUUGAACGUAGAAAAUUGGAUGUCAUUAGAUUGCAGUAUCCGCUCAUGGCGGCGCCUGAGUACCAUGACAAUUUCGGAGGGAACAGCCCUAAGAAAAGGACGCACAAGAAGGCGGCGGUGCCUAUAGCCCACGAUCUUAAGGUGCCCAUGCUUGAAGGUUCUGGCAUCCCCCUGCCUCCGUUGGGCGGCGGAGUUCUAGACGGUCUGGUGGGAGAAGUAUUGCCAGAUAAUUCAAUUAAAGUAGAAGACCACAAAAUUAUUGAAAUUCACGAUGCCAAGCGCAGAAUACAUUCCGGCAAUGCACAGCGGCAACGUGAGCUCCAGGAUUUGAAACUGAAAUCAAAGCACGUGGAUGAAGAGCGAAAGAGAGAUAUAGAGGCCGCACAAAAAGAAGCGAAGAAAAUAGAAAUUCGCAAAACACUUCAAAAUCCGCCACGAUUAACAGUCAUACAUGACCACCCUACAAGAUUCACCCCUAUUGGACUUCCCAUGGCCUACCCGAUUAAGCCGCCGAAAUUGCCGAAUACGUUUCCUCCACCUUAUUCUCAGCCUAUGAUGGACAUCACAGGCAAACGUAUUGGUGGUCCACACGACGAACGUGACGAAAAGUUCCGCAGGUUUCAACGUGAAAAUGCGUAUAAUGAUUUCAGAGAUCAUUAUGACCGCCGAACAAAAAGCCUAGCAAAGGAGGCGGAACAGUUGCAGAAUGAAGCCGCCGCAAAAGACAAGGAAGCCGCAGAAGCAGGGAGGCAACAAAAGCUGUUGGAAGAGAUGACUGAGGAGCUUAUAGUUCCCAAACCAAAGAGCGACGGUUAUAAUCACGACUUUAUCGUAAGCAAUGCACUGGGUGCGAAUUACACCGUGCCGCCAAUUAUUGAUAAGGACCCGCUAAAGAAGUUUACGCAAGGCGGAUACGAUAAUUCUCCGCCGACAGCAAUCCCACCGGAGGAGUACUCCAAAGUCAGGAUGGCAUUGGAAGCCGAAAACAAACAUACCGUCUACGGGGACGUUCACAUAUCCGUUCAGAAGCCGUCGUUUACUGAGUCACAUGAUGAUUCCGACCAAUUUGAUCUCCACAUUGAUGUCCGCAAGCCCAUUGUUCAAGACCCUGUCGACAACACGUAUGAUGACCCUUACGCCAAUGACGACGACGUCCUGCGGGACGAGUUUAAAAAUGCGGAGUCCUGGCAUGGUGAAGACAAAGGCUUUUCUGUCCUGCCCAAGAGUAAUUUUAACCUUGAAUUUACUCCAUCCUUUUUACAAUCCGAUGGGGAUCAUGAUCCUGGUAUUCCCCGGGAUACUCCAAGGAAGCCAUAUGACCAGAUCAUUCCGGUGUUCCCUGACUCUGGAGUAUGCCAAAACCCGUGGUACGUCCCCGAUGCCUCCUCCACUACCGUCACUCCACCCCUCUCCCCGCCCCCAGACACGGACCAUCUGCCCCCGCCAGACACCGUCAGGGAAAUGCUCUGCUGGCUGGUUGGAAUGGCUGAGUUGGGGUAUGUUGAGAAGAUUAAGGAGCAUGUUAAGAGCAUUUUGAAGGAGUAUAACAAAGAUGCCUCCCAGCCUCCAGAUGCCCUCGAGGUCACCAGGGAUCCUUACAACCUGGACGCUUCCAUCGUCUCCAACACUCUGACACAGGCAUGCCUCUACGCGGCCAGCGUUCUCCACAGGAUCAAACACAAGGACAUUUCGACAGCUGUUUCAACCCUUGACUUCACCUCAGAAUAUUCCAAGCUUUAUUAUUCCACCGACCCCGCCGCCCUCCUCUGCCAGCUGCGGGACUACGCCUACGUCUGUUACCACCAGCUGGAGUUCCUGAAGUCGCAGUGUAAUCGGGGCGCCAGGCACGGUGGUUGGCAGGAUUAUGAGUACGGCAGUGGUCUAUCGUCUCCCAAGUCCCCCCUCCAGGCCUUCUUGACUGAUGCCUCGGACUCCAAGUUCGAGACUCAUCCCUUCGACCCGUAUGACAUCUGCCGCAAGAGCCGUGUCAACAUGGGAUUCACAAAGGAUGAUCUGCCUACACCUCACGAAACCGGCAACCAUCUUCACACCAUCCUCUCUCCCAGCUGCGGCGACGAGGAUCCCUUGCUGACAUUGUCCUCCUACCUCACCUGCCUCACCAGGCGGACGCCGCGCACCACCGGGGAGCUUGUCUCAUUCUUCCACAAUUUCGGGAAUUCACUGCACGAGGCAUCUUCACAGUUGUCUCCACUGGGCUCCGCCCUCUCCAAUAGACAUGACGACUGCCCCAAGUGGGACUGUCUUGGGGAGGCCGACCUCAAUGCAAUCAAGGACGUCCUGGGCUCCGGCCCUCCCAACUCCAACCACAACAAUGGCCAUCUCAAGACGCUGUCAACAUUUCUUGGCUGUGGUAUCUAUAACGUCGACUGCCCACAACUCAUAAAGCCCAUCACCUACCGGGCCUACGCCCUGUACUCUUCCAGCUUCGCCCACCACUACCUCAGCUGGGCGGCCUACCUACCAGACAGACUGUGGGAGUCACUGCUCAGGCUGCAAGAUGAUCUCGAAAAGCUUCAAUGUGCCGAGCUCAAAUCACUCCACGCUUGUCCCAAAGCCCUGCCACUCCUCUACACUCACGGGUUCACCCCGCCAGACGGGACACUGCAGUCGUCGCUCACGUGUUCCAAGGUCAUCGUCAAGCUGGAGGAAGUGGUCGCCGGAGAGCCUAUCGCAGAGCUUAUGACCGCCAUGGACACAUUCCUCUACAGAGUCCGGGAGCCCUUCCUCUGCGCCAUCAUAGCGCUCUAG